GACACUGUUCUGCUGAAUUGUCCAGAGGGGGUGCAUCUGCAAAAACGUACAGCACUUCAAGUUUAAUUUAUCACUUAAAAUCAAGACACCCCGAACAUCAUGCAGAGUACGAGAAAGACACGGCGGCGGCUACUCAGAACCCCUGUACUGCAUCGCGACUGUGCUUGAUCCACGAUAUAAAGAUCAUUACUUGGAUGUGGGGAAAAAGCUGCGCACACGAGAAAUGAUCCAGGCCGAGUUGGAUUUGGGAAAGCCGCUAGGUGAUGGAGACGGUCAGGUGAUGCACAGCGCAGGAGAUGAAAACAGCGCAGAGAGUAAACGCGCUCGUACUACAGAUGAGCCGCGCACAGUCUCGCUGUCUGACAUGUUCGAUGAGAUCCUCCAAGAGAAUAACCCAUUUGCAAGACAGAGGACAAGCUCAACCGCUCAACAGUUAGAUGGUUAUCUCUCAGAAGUCCCCAUCCCCAGGAGCAAUAACCCUCUCGAAUUUUGGAGGACCAAUCAAGGCCGCUUUCCCGACCUGGCGCAGAUGGCACGCAGGUACUUGUCUGCUCCAUGCACAAGCACCGACAGCGAGAGACUGUUUAGUGCUGCAUCUCAUGUCAUCGAUGAGAAGAGGAACCGACUUUCAUGUGAGAAAGCAGAGAAGCUACUUUUCAUAAAGAAGAACCUGCCACUUUUCCUGAAGAAGUAGGCUAAGUAGGCUUAUGUCUAGGACAGUUAUUUAUUUGUUGUGAGUUCAUCCACAUUUUUUGCACUAUUCAAUGCACAUUUGUUGUUGUAGACAUACAGAGUUACAUUCUUUCAGCAGUCAGUUAUAGGCCUAACAUAGGCUAUUCAAGAAGGGGGGCUUCAAAGAUGGCCAAAUAAAAAUAUAUUUUUUAUUUUACUAAUUUAUUUAUUUUAAGUUAUAUUGUGCUUUGUUUGUAUAAUAUCUGCUGGAAUGUUAAAAAAAUGUUCAGUGUUAAAUAAAUAUUUUGAAAUUAUAUUUUUGUUAUUUGAUUUAUUUCUCUG